UUCCAAAUCACCAAACAGCCCCAUUAGAAAAAGCCCAUGAAGUCCUAAACCCUAACCCCAUCACCAAACUCUAUAAAAGCAAACGCAGAACAAAGUAAAUUCAUCGCCUUCUGCCCUAUUUUUUACCUUCAACAAAAUCACGUAGAGAAGAAAGAGUGUGGAGGAAGGUGUUUGUCAAGAUGCAGAUCUUUGUGAAAACCCUAACAGGGAAGACCAUCACCCUUGAAGUUGAAUCUAGCGACACCAUUGACAACGUCAAGACUAAGAUUCAAGACAAGGAAGGCAUUCCACCUGACCAGCAGAGGCUGAUCUUUGCUGGAAAGCAGCUUGAAGAUGGCCGCACUCUUGCUGAUUAUAACAUCCAAAAGGAGUCAACCCUUCAUCUGGUUCUGAGGCUCCGUGGUGGAAUUAUCGAGCCUUCUUUGAUGGCCCUUGCUAGGAAGUUCAAUCAAGACAAGAUGAUUUGUCGCAAAUGUUAUGCGCGCUUGCACCCUCGUGCUGUAAACUGUAGGAAGAAGAAAUGUGGCCACAGCAACCAGUUGAGGCCAAAGAAGAAGAUUAAGUAGAGCGAUCAGUUGUUUGCAGCUGAUGCCGGGCAGUGGCUUUCAUGGGGUUGGUGCUCGGACCUAGCUGUUUUACUAUGGCUCCUAGAGCAUUUAUUAGUUUAGUUAGCAUAUUUAUCUUCUAAUAAAGGCAUAUUUUCUCUAUAUAAGUGCCUUAUUUUUGUCUGGAAAUAUUUUUAUUGCCUUGAUGGAAUUUGGUUUUAUGACUUCAAACUGAAGAUUUGGGUUAUUGGACAUC